AUGAGGGAGGCUCUAGGUCUGACACCAAAGUCCUCUACAAGACCACAAGGCAAUCGCCUUGACAAGCAAGAGUUUAAUGAUCUUUUGAAAAGGGAAUCAACAGCCGAGGACUUGGGUGCAGGGAAGGCUGAUGCAGUGUGGGUUCAUGGCCUUGGCUAUGCAAACACCCUUGCACCAUCUCAGACAGAUGAUGCAGGGCCAGUACGUAUGCCACCAACGAUCAAAACUGUUGAAAAUGUACCAAAAGAAACUGAGAGGAAAGAACUAUCAAUAUAUAAUUACAAUUUACUCCUAUCUACUUCAACUUAA